ACAAGAAAAUUAAAAAAGAACAGCAAUAUCUGACGGUGGUAAUUUGUGGUGGUAAUCAUAGUGGUAAAAACAAGUAAUAAUGUGGAAAAACGCAACUUUUCUUUUGAAAACGGCAAGCAAAGAAGUCCCUUCUCUAUGCGGCACCCCCUUUCUUCAACAAGUCAGAACCACCUACAUACUUAAACGUCGAUUUCCAACGCAAUUACACAAGAAAGGGGGCCAACCGAAGAAACUGAGGAGUAGACAUUAUGUGUACGAUCUAGUAAAGGACACUACCACUGAGAAACAACCAAACAUAGAUGUAAUUCUCACAGACUUCGUGGAAGGUUAUGGAAAUGCAGGCGAAAAGAUAUCGGUUAACUCCCAGUUCGCUUACAACAAUUUAUUAGUCCCUGGAUUAGCUGUGUACGCCAGCCCAGAAAACAUAGAGAAGUACAAAGACCAAAUAGAAGCCCUGGCUGACAAACAAACUUACAGUUCAGCUAAUGCGGCCCUUACCCUGAAAACCCUAUCUAGAAUGACUUUAUCGGUGGUAAUGAACAAAGACCAUCCCUGGACUUUACAACCGUGGCAUAUAAAAACUUCUUUUCGGAAAUGUGGAUAUGUAGUGCCCGAGGAUGCAAUUGCACUACCUGAAAAGUCUAUUACAGGUCCAAAUAUGGACUCGGAAGGAAAGGAAUUUUAUGUUAUUGUCACAAUAAAUAAUACUGAAAAAGUGAAUGUAAGAUGUAGACUACAUCACUGGAGCACAGAGAUAGUUGAUAGAAUCCCUUACGUUGAUAAAUUUUGGGAAAAUCCAACUGAACCAAUUUAUAGUGAAUUUACAGAUGUUUUACAGACUAUACCACCAAAAAUUACAAAACUUAAGGAUUAGAAAUAAAUAAAUAUAAAAGUUA